AUGUCACAAAUGGAAGUCCAGAAAGAGAUGGGUGCGGCUCACUGCGAAGCCCCUUGCGAAGGACAGGCGAUAGGGAAAGAUAGCAAUGGGAUCAAGAUGCAUGAAGAGGUCGAGCUAUCUCCAGAAGAAAAAAGAGCAGAGCGCAAGCUGCUGUGGAAGCUGGACCUGACCCUUCUUCCUCUCCUAUCGUUGAUGUACUUUCUUGCUUCCAUGGACCGUGGUGACAUCGGUAACGCUGCAGUGGCUGGCAUGACAAAAGAGCUCGAGAUGACUUCCCAGCAAUACAGCAAUUGUGUUGCUUUCUUCUACAUCGGAUACAUCGUCUUUCAGCUUCCCGCGACUAUAUUCAUCCGGAAGAUACAGCCACAAUACCAACUGGGUAUAGCUAUGAUUGGCUGGGGGAUGGCCACUGCUGUUAUGUGCAAGGCUACCGACUGGGGCACCAUUGCUGGCUUAAGGACAGUCGUUGGGUCUUUUGAAGCCUUCCUCCAAGCAGGAGUUUUGUACUUGACGUUCUGGUACAAAUUAGAUGAAUUGGCUACGCGAGCUGCCAUCUUCUUUGCCAUGUCCGCCGUUGCAGGCAGCAUGAACGGGCUGAUUGCCUAUGGGAUAGAAAAUGACAUGAAGCUUGUGAAUGGCUGGCUUGCGUGGAGAUGGAUUUUCCUGAUCGAGGGCGUUAUAUCAGUUGGCUGUGGGUUCAUUGUCAUGCUGCUACUGCCCCCUGUACCGGAACGCGUACGGUGGAUGUUCAGCCCGGCUGAAAAAGAGAUAGCGAUUCGUCGGUCCAAGCAAGCUUUCAAUACGCCUCACACAGGCAUUAAAGUCCAUCAACUUAUUGCGGUGUUGAAGGACAGGAAGAUUUGGUGUUACGCAUUCUUCUAUAGCAUGAUGAACAUCAGCCUCACUUCGUUUUCCGGCUUCUUGCCUGUCAUAUUGCGCGGCUUGCAUUACAGUUCAGUGCGAACGCAACUCCUCACAAUACCGGUAUAUGUUUGUAUUGCAAUAACGCUCAUUCUUACGGGGAUUGCAUCGGAUAAGACCAAGAGACGGGGGGUUUACCUUGCUGGAUCUUUCGCCUUGGCCGCGGCUGGCUGGUUGAUGUUACUGAUUAGCAAGAAUCGACGUCUGUCAUACGCGGGCUGUUUCUUGGUUGGCAUGGGUACUUUUCCCCAAGUCAUACUGAUACAGUCUUGGAUGAACGUCAACGUUAUCGGCUAUACAAAGAGGGCUGGUGGACUAGCAUUCAUCAUGAUCUGCGGUCAGUGCUUUGCCGUCAUGGGGCUGGAAAUCUUUACGGAUGCCCCAAAGUACCACCGAGGCAAAGGUCUUGGGUUUACUGCCUCAGCCCUGUCCGCGAUGCUGGUUCCAGUCUUUAUGCUGUUCAUCAACCAUCUGAAUAAGAAAAAAGACAAAAACCAGCACAGUCUAGAGGCGGCGGAAAAGCGUAGGCUUGGGGUCGAAGAAAUUGGUGAUGAUCACCCCGAUUUCAGAUUCUGGCUAUGA